ACUCAGGCAGCCUGUCUUGUGCUCGCCAUGAGGCCACAGCAGGCACCAGUGUUCAGAAAGGUAUUCAUUCAGCGAGACUACAGCAGUGGCACACGCUGUCAGUUCCAGACCAAGUUCCCCACGGAGCUGGAAAACCGGAUUGAUAGGCAGCAGUUUGAAGAAACAGUUCAAACUCUAAAUAACCUUCAUGCAGAAGCAGAGAAGCUUGGGGGCCAAUCAUAUCUUGAAGGUUGUUUGGCUUGUUUAACAGCAUACACCAUCUUCUUAUGCAUGGAAACUCAUUAUGAGAAGGUUCUGAGGAAAGUCUCCAAAUACAUUCAAGAGCAGAAUGAGAAGAUAUAUGCUCCCCAAGGCCUCCUCCUAACAGAUCCCAUUGAGAGAGGACUUGGAGUUAUCGAAAUUACCAUUUAUGAAGACAGAGGGAUGAGCAGUGGAAGAUAAACCAUGGAAUUAAAGAUCCCAGCUCCAGCUGGGAACCUCAUCUCUCCACUGGCUGAUCACAGAGCGUCCCCUACCUCCUCUAUAGAGCGUCAUUCCUUUGUAUCUGCUGCCAGAGCCAUGGCGCCAUUUACUCCAAGGACUAACUUUCUAAAAUUCAACACCUGGAGUGACUGCUAGUCGCUCAGCAUCCAUUUUUUGUCUCCAAAUUCUGUAGGACUCUGUAGUCUUUUCAUUAGUUUCUGAGAAAACACAAUGAAGCAUUUCACUUUUUUUAUUCAGAGCCAUUAAUGAAAUAUGCAGGUGGUCAGCCCAACACAAUUAUUUCUUACCUGCCACCAGUACCAAUGGUUCUGUUCAUUCCUUCGGCCAACUUCCCAGGUGGCUAUAGACCUCAAAGUUAUGUCUUAGCCAGUGUUCAGUCUCAUUCCCCCAAAUUAAUAAAAUGCUUUUCUUCAGGUUUUUAGUAUAGGGUAGGCUAUGUCUAUGGUGUUGCUAAUGCAUCUUCCAGAUUUCAAAGAACUAUCAGUUUUGCCAUGACUCAAAUCUUAAAGAUCUAUUUCUGUUGUUAAGUUUCUCAAACUGAAGUUCAUUGGAAAAAUAAUGUGUUCUUUGUUUUUUUAUAGCAAUUAUUACUAAUAAAGCAGUAUUUAAUACAGUUUCCAGUAUUUUUCUUUGGAGAAUUUUGUUAUCAUUGCAUUACCUUGAAUGUUGGGAAGCUGUGGUAUGUGUUGCUUGUUCCUUAUAUAAAUAAGUUCCUUAUAUAAAUAAGUGAGCACAAUACAAUGGAUCCUAAACCAUCAAACACAUAAAUGCUCCUGAAAGUGUAAUAAGCAAGUGUAAUAAAUAUUUUAAUUAUAGUUUUGUUAUAAAUAUAACUUAUGAAAAAAAAUUGAUAGGAAUAAUAGUGUAUAUUGCUGAUUUUUAACUAUCCCUACUGGCAAGUCUACUGAUUCACAGACU